AUGGCGGCUCUAACAACGCCCUUUGAGUAUGCGCCAUCCCCACUGCUGCCCCAGGUUAGUUCGCCUGGGCACAAGCUGGGAUUCCCGGUUGGAGAACUCCAACCAGAAGGCACCGGGCGUGGUGCCUGCUUUAAGACACCCCUCCCCACCGUAACUACCGAUAGCCGGACAACGGCGGACGAGCAGUCGACGGCGACAACGACCGAAUUUCGGGAGACUGGGUCAUCCGAGGAUGCCACGCUGAUUCGCCCUGCCUGGUUAAUAUCCUGGGAAGCGUCCGAUGUCUCGACGCUCUCGCCCCCGCCUCCUGCCCUGACCUGCACGGCCAAGGGGUGGGAAGACCCGUACAUCGCAACGUGGGUACCAGGCACCAAGCCCACGGCGCUCUGCCUCUCCAACAAAAAUGAGGAUGCCAUCCAUUGGGGCCCCUGGAUAUACUUCCUCUUGAUUGGCUUGCCCACCAUCGCUGGUGUAGGUCUGCUCUCCUGUAUACACGGGCUUCCUGCUCACUUUGAGCAGCCAUUAAUAAAGAAAGAAAGCCUCACAGAUGAGGGCGGAAAGGUCAUCCUCGUCGCCCUUGACAUAAUCGCUGUUCCGCAAGCAGCUGAUGCACUCCUUCACUCUUCGCCCGACCAAAGUCCCGUCAAAGUCCUCGUCUGA